AUAAUGUGGCCACUAUCAAGACGACUCUUUAAGCCAAACGACAGAAAAUGAGGGUCUUGCUUUGCAUUCUUGUGACCUACAUUCUUGUCUGCAUUACUCCCACAGAGGGUGAGCAAGGAAACAAGAGGAUGUGCUCACGUAUCCGAAAGCAAUCAAAUUGUUUAGGUGAUAAAGUCGCGUGGCAGUACGACAAAGACAAGGGAAAAUGUAAACCGUUUCUUACUGGAGUCUGCAGCAGGCGUAAGGGUUUUCCCACCUGCAGGAGCUGCAUGAAGACGUGCCAAAAAAAACUUUCCAAAGUCCACAACGGAAAGGGCCCAACACCUUCAAAGGACGACAAGUUUGUGGGUAUUUGCCCGCCUUAUGAAUGACAAUAGAAAACCGGCGAACAAAGAAGCUGAAGGAACUGUUACUUCUGACUCGCGCCCCUCUUUGCACAGUAAUGAGGUAAUAAAAUAGCAGCACUGAUCUUUU